AUGGAUCUUCAUAUCAGUAGGAGCAGCAGCGACCAGCAGGCAUACGGCAGCAUGUCAAAUCAACACGAAGGAAAAGAUGUCGAUGUCGAAAAUUCUAGCACACACUUGGAGAGAGGCCUCCAUAACCGUCAUCUGCAGUUCAUUGCCAUCGGCGCAGCUGUCGGAACGGGGUUGUUCUUGGGAACAGGAAACGCCCUAGCCACUGCCGGCCCUGCCUCUCUUCUCAUUGCAUUCAUAUUUAUCGCCACUAUUUUAUAUAGUGUUAUGACUGCACUUGGGGAGAUGGCUGCUUACAUCCCAGUGGCAGGUGCUUUUACCAACUACGCCUCUCGCUUCAUCGACCCCACCUGGGGGUUUUCCAUGGGCUGGAUCUACUGGUUCAGUUGGUCGCUUACCUUUGCGUUGGAAUUAACGGCAGCGGGUCUCAUCAUUCAAUAUUGGAACAAGAGCCUGAGUGUCGGCAUCUGGAUUGCUGUCUUCUGGGUCGUGUUUACCCUGGCCAACUUCAUGCCUGUUCGGUGGUUUGGUGAGUUUGAAAUGUGGCUGUCCAGCAUUAAAGUCGUCACCAUCAUCGGGUUUCUCAUUUUGUCCAUCUGCAUCAAUGCGGGAGUCGGCAACUCUGGUCAGGGCUAUCUGGGAUUCAAAUACUGGAAUGAUCCCGGAGCCUUUGCUCAGCAUUUGGUAGAUGGGUCGGUGGGAUCGUUUGUCGGUUUCUGGGCGGUCCUCAUUACGGCCGGUUUCAGCUUCCAAGGAUCAGAACUGGUUGGAAUCGGCGCCGGUCUCUUCAUCUUCACGGUCUUCUUCCUGGGCAUCAACAUCCCAUAUACGAAUAGCGACUUAACGAGUGACUCACAGGACGCUUCAGCAUCACCGCUCGUGUUGGUGGUGCAACUAGCUGGAAUUCCCGUGUUGCCAUCCAUCAUCAACGCCGUUCUUCUUACUGCCGUUCUCACCGCCGCCAACUCUGACGUCUAUUCAAGCAGUCGCAUCCUCGUCUCCCUGGCUGAGUCUGGCCACGCCCCUUCAAUUUUCAGAAAGACGAACCACCUGGGUACUCCCUACUACGCAGUGGGUGCGUGCUCUUGCGUUGGGUUCUUAGGUUUCAUGAAUCUGUCAGAGAACGGAACAGUUGUCUUCAACUGGCUCCUCAACAUUAUUUCGGUGGCGGGCUUUAUUGCGUGGGCAAUAAUCAACUAUUGUCACAUUCGCUUCAUGCGAGCUCUGGCAGCGCAGAAUAUUCCUCGAUCAGACUUGCCGUACAACGCUCCCCUGCAGCCAUACCUAUCUUGGUAUGGUCUAUUUUUCAACAUCAUCAUUAUACUGACAAACGGAUUCGAGGUGUUUAUGAACUGGGACACGAGUGCCUUCUUCACAAAAUAUGUGAGCCUGAUUAUCUUUUUCGUUCUUCUUAUUGGGCAUAAACUCUGGAAGCGUACCAAGCUGGUUCCUCUGAACGAGGUGGAUCUCAUCACUGGUCGUUUCAGGUCCGAAUAA